AUGAAAAGAGAAGCAGAAAAGAACGAAGAGCUGGUGGUAGCCAGACUCUUUUCAGUCAAGUUUGAGACAUGUCCCUUUGAUUCCAACCUGGAAGAGUUCUUCAAGAACCAUACCAGCAUGGAAGAAAGAAGUGAGAGUCAAGUUGGGAAGAACAAGAAGGCUUGUACUAAGCAGACAGCAUGCAAGUCAACCAGCAGGAAGGCGCCCCUCAAGCAGCUGGCCACCAAGGUGGCCCACAAGAGCGCACCAGCCACUGGUGGCAUGAGGAUGCCGCACGGUUACCGGCCCGACAGUGUGCCACUACACAAGAUCCACCAACUGCCAUUCCAGUGGCUAGUGCUCAAGGUCUUUCAGGUCUUCAAGAUCAACCUGUGCUCUCAGAGCUCCACCGCCAUGAUGCUUCAGGAGGCAUCUGAGGGCUACCUGGUGGGGCUCUUCGAGGACACCAACCUCUGUACAUUCCCUGCCAAGCUCAUCACCAUUAUGCCCAAGGACAUCCAGCUGGCGUGUCAUAUCCACGGAGAGAGAGCAUAA